CGACAAACAUCGCUGACGCGUAUAUAAGGCCGGGGCAGACCUUCAGGGCUAAAUUGGUUCAAGAUGGGACCAAUACCACAGAUUCUACUGGCCACCCUAGUGGUGACAUUCCUGGUCAUAGCUGAUGCUGGGUAUGCGAAGACUUCAGUUGGAGCUAAAAAAACUGGAGGCUACGGCGGCAGCGGAUAUGGCAGUAGCAGUGGAUAUGGAGAAGGUGACGAUGAUGACGGCAGUGGAGGCGGUGGUGGACAUGGUGGUGGUAGUGGUGGUGGAGGAGGUGGCGGCAGUGGAAAAGGUGGAUUUGGAGGAUAUGGUGGGGGUUAUGGAAGUGGAAGCGGUGGGGGAUAUGGAAGUGGGGGAGGAAAAUCAGGAGGAGGUGGUUAUGGAGGAGGCGGAGGUGGAGGUUCUGGUGGAGGAUACGGAGGUGGUGGCAUAGAAAAAGGAGACGACGAAGGCGGUGAAGGAGGUGGUAGUGGCAAAGGAGAAGGUGGAGGAUAUGGAGGUGGUAGUGGUGGAGGAAAAGGAGGUGGUAAAGGAGGAAGUGGAGGGUACGGGGGUGGCGGCUCAGGAGGAAAAGGUGAAGGAGGUGGAAGCGGAGGAGGAGGAGGAUAUGGCGGUGGAAAAGGAGGUGGCAAAGGAAGCAGUGGUGGAUACGGAGCUGGUGGCUCAGGUGAAGGAGGUGGUGGUGGAUAUGGCGGUGGAAAAGGAGGUGGCAAAGGAAGCAGUGGUGGAUACGGAGCUGGUGGCUCAGGAGGAAAAGGUGAAGGAGGUGGUGGAGGGUAUGGUGGUGGAAAAGGAGGUGGAAAAGGAAGCAGUGGUGGAUACGGAGGUGGUGAAUCAGGAGGAAAAGGAGAAGGAGGUGGCAGUGGAGGAGGAGGAGGUGGAGGAUAUGGCGGUGGAAAAGGAGGUGGCAAAGGAAGCAGUGGUGGAUAUGGAGCUGGUGGCUCAGGAGGAAAAGGUGAAGGAGGUGGAAGCGGAGUAGGAGGAGGUGGUGGAUAUGGUGGUGGAAAAGGAGGUGGCAAAGGAAGCAGUGGUGGAUACGGAGCUGGUGGCUCAGGAGGAAAAGGUGAAGGAGGUGGUGGAGGAUAUGGAGGUGGAAAAGGAGGUGGAAAAGGAAGCAGUGGUGGAUACGGAGGUGGUGAAUCAGGAGGAAAAGGAGAAGGAGGUGGCAGUGGAGGAGGCGGAGGUGGUGGAUACGGUGGUGGAAAAGGUGGUGGCAAAGGAAGUGCAGGAUAUAGUGUAGGUGGAAAAGGAGAAGGAAGUGGAUACGGAGGUGGUGGUGGAUAUGGUGGUGGAAAAGGAGGUGGAAAAGGAAGCAGUGGUGGUGGAUAUGGUGGAAAAGGAGGAGGUGGUGGCGCAGGUGGUGGAGGUGGUGGUGGAUCCGGAGGUGGAAAAGCAGGAAUUGGAGGAGGAUAUGGUAGCGGUAGCGGAGGAGGGUAUGGCAGUGGUGGAGGAUAUGGAAAGGCGAAAGCGAAAAUGGGUUAAAAACAACAAAUACAUUUCAUACAAUUGUUUAUAAUCUGAAAAUUGUAAAAUUAAAAAUUACUUAUAAUUAAACAUAUUUGAAAUGUC